CGUUAUUUUGACUACGUUUUCACAGGCGUCUUCACGUUCGAAAUGUUGAUCAAGAUGGUGGUGCUCGGCCUGUUUCUCCACCAGGGCUCCUACUUCCGCGAUUUAUGGAACAUUCUGGACUUUAUAGUGGUUAGUGGUGCUCUGGUGGCCUUCGCCUUCACGGGGAGCAGCAAGGGCAAAGACAUCAGUACAAUCAAAUCCCUCCGAGUGCUGAGGGUGCUGCGUCCUCUAAAGACCAUCAAGCGUCUCCCAAAGUUAAAGGCCGUGUUUGACUGUGUGGUCAACUCCCUGAAGAACGUCCUGAACAUCUUAAUCGUCUACAUGCUCUUCAUGUUCAUCUUCGCUGUGGUGGCUGUUCAGCUCUUCAAGGGUCGAUUCUUCUUCUGCACGGACGAGUCCAAAGAGUUUGAGCGCGACUGCAGGGGCGAGUACUUGGUGUAUGAAAGGGAUGAGGUUAAAGCUCAGAAGCGGGAGUGGAAGAAGUACGAUUUCCACUACGACAAUGUGGCUUGGGCCCUGCUCACCCUCUUCACUGUCUCGACUGGAGAGGGGUGGCCGCAGGUGUUAAAACACUCAGUGGACUCCACAUAUGAGAAUCAGGGCCCUAGCCCGGGUUACAGGAUGGAAAUGUCCAUCUUUUACGUGGUGUACUUCGUUGUCUUCCCCUUCUUCUUCGUCAACAUCUUCGUGGCUCUCAUCAUCAUCACCUUCCAGGAACAGGGGGAUAAGAUGAUGGAAGAUUACAGCUUAGAAAAGAACGAGAGAGCCUGUAUAGAUUUCGCCAUAAACGCCAGGCCUCUAACUCGCCACAUGCCCAAGAACAAACUGAGCUUCCAGUACCGCAUGUGGCAGUUCGUGGUGUCUCCGCCCUUCGAGUACAGCAUCAUGGCUCUGAUCGCGCUCAACACCAUCGUCCUCAUGAUGAAGUUCGACGGAGCGUCAAAAACCUACGAUGACGUCCUCAAGAACCUCAACAUCGUGUUCACCACCUUCUUCUUCAUGGAGUCGGUCCUCAAGAUCAUCGCUUUUGGCCCUCUGAAUUACUUCAGAGAUGCCUGGAACAUUUUUGAUUUUGUGUCCGUCCUUGGAAGCAUCACCGACAUAUUAGUGACAGAACUAGGGAAUAAUUUCAUCAACCUGAGCUUCCUGAGGCUGUUCAGGGCGGCUCGCCUCAUCAAGCUGCUGCGACAGGGAGAAACCAUUCGCAUCCUGCUGUGGACCUUUGUCCAGUCCUUCAAGGCUCUGCCGUAUGUGUGUCUGCUCAUCGCCAUGCUCUUCUUCAUCUACGCCAUUAUCGGCAUGCAGUUGUUUGGUAACCUGGCGCUCGAUGAGGAGGAUGAAAGUGCCAUCAAUGAGCACAAUAACUUCAGAACCUUCAUCAUGGCCCUCAUGCUGCUGUUCAGGAGUGCUACCGGCGAGGCGUGGCACGAUAUCAUGCUGGCCUGUCUGGGUGAUAAAGAGUGCGACCCGGCCUCAGGAAACACGGAGCCAGAGUGUGGCAGCACCUUCGCCUACACCUACUUUGUCUCCUUCAUCUUCCUCUGCUCUUUCCUGAUGCUGAAUCUGUUCGUGGCUGUGAUCAUGGACAACUUUGAGUACCUGACCAGAGACUCGUCCAUCCUGGGGCCGCAUCACCUGGACGAGUACGUAAGGAUAUGGGCCGAGUACGACCCUGCCGCCUGCGGGCGCAUACAUUAUAAGGAUAUGUACAGUUUAUUGCGAGUUAUCUCCCCUCCCCUGGGCCUUGGCAAGAAAUGCCCACAUAGGGUGGCCUGCAAGAGGCUGCUGCGCAUGGAUCUGCCGGUUGCAGACGACAACACGGUGCAUUUUAACUCCACCCUCAUGGCUCUGAUAAGGACCGCACUGGAUAUAAAGAUUGCCAAGGGGGGUGCAGACAAGCACCAGAUGGAUGCCGAGCUGAGAAAGGAGAUGAUGGCAAUUUGGCCGAACUUAUCGCAGAAGACGCUGGACCUGCUGGUCACGCCGCACAAGGCCACAGACUUGACGGUGGGCAAAAUCUACGCCGCCAUGAUGAUCAUGGAGUACUACCGGCAGAGCAAGACGAAAAAGCUGCAGGCCCUGCGUGAGGAACAGCGCAUGGAGCCGCCCCCUGAGGGAGGGGGCACGGAGGGCCAGGGGGGGCAGGGCGUGAACGGCCUCCCCAGCACCCAGCCCGACAACAUCAACAGCAUACCUCCCGAGGGUGGCAUCACCGAGAGCCAGUCGUGGGUGACGACCAAAGCCCAGGAAAUGUUCCAGAAGACGGGCAACUGGAGCCCAGACAGACCGUACCCCGACGAUCUCCACGACAACCGGCACAACCCGCAGACGGUAGAGAUGAGGGAGAUGGGGCGGGACGGGUACUCCGACACUGAGCCCUAUCACCCAGUGGAUGGGCAUGGGCGGACCCUCUCCAUGCCCCGCCUCUCAGCAGACAACCAAAGAGUUCAUGCUGUCUCG